UAAAAACAAUGUUCUGUUCCAACAACACUAGCAAAAUAAUGUUUAGAGAAUAAGAUUUUAUUAUGUAAAUAAGCGACUGAUCAUGCAAAUAAUUUAUUAGAACAAAUAUGUUUUUAUUUGUUAGAAAUGUUGCAAAUCUGAAGUUUUACUUUGCAACUUUCUUUGGUGGCUUACACUAAAUGCGUCAAUCUCGCUUGUAUGUUGUAUAACUCCAAAUCGUAAAUCAUCAAAACCAUUUUGGUGUCUGAAUAUUCUUUUGGUGUCUUCUUCUUCUUUGCUCUCUAUUAAAGGAUCUAGAAACCCCUUCACAACAAUGAGAUAGAGAGAGAGAGAGAGAGAGAGAGAGAGAGAGAGAGAGAGAGAGAGAGAGAGAGAGAGAGAGAGAGAUUCAAGUAUCUCCUCAAGAUCACUAUUACCACAAAAUAAAAAUAUUCAAGAAGACUGCAUGGAUCUAGAAGAUUGGGAGUUACUCCCCAAGAAUCUCUACAAGGGUCUCGAUCUCGAUCACGACGAGGAUCAUGAAGCAGCGAUGAGGAUCAUCAGAAACACUGAGAAAAGCUUCGACAUGGAUUACUUUAUCUGCCCGACACAAGAUCCUGUCGGAAAAAUAGAGUUCCAUAGAAGACCAAGCGUGGUCCCCACACAGCUCCUCCAAGUUCCCGUUAAUUGGGAACCUGUGUACACCGUGGAUGACACAGAUCACAAGAAGAACCAGGAUCAGGAUCCGGAACUUGUGACGGAAUCUGUUCCGUCGCCGAGAAUAACUUUCAAAACAGCGAAGGAAAACGAAUUUGUCGACAUGAAAAUAGACUUGCCAGCGAGGUUCACAAGUCCUCUCCCUCAGAAAGAUGACAAACACUCUGUCUCAGGAAGAGUGUUAGCAAGAGAGUACCAUGGUGAGAUGGGAACAGAGGUUGAGGAAGGUAGUGACGUGAAGUGCAAGAAAGAAGUUGAUUGGGAGGAGGAGAAGAACAAACGUGGUGAAAAAAUGAAUCUGUGGAAGAUGGGUCUUCAUGGAAUUGGAGCUAUAUGUUCAUUUGGUGUUGCUACUGCUGCUGCCACUUUAUAUGUCUUCUUCCUUGGACGCAACAAUAGCAUACGAGGUUGUCGGAACAAGAACCAGAUCCUCAGGUUCCAGAUCUACUCUGAUGAUAACAAGCGAAUGAAGGAAGUAGUGAAGCAUGCAACAAAACUAAAUGAAGCAAUCUCUGUGCUGAAAGGUCUUCCGGUGGCAAGAGCUCAGAUAUCUUUUGGAGGACACUAUGAUGGACUUUGAAAUCAUGGGCAUCCCACCCGUUUAUAGAUACAUCAGAGCCAAAUGUCUACUGUUUUAUUACCAUGGGCACUAUAGCUUAUAUACAUUAUGAAUUUAGGAAAUUCAAUAUUGUAUCAUGUUUGUAAAAUUAACAUUAUUCGUCCGAAUGCUUCUAGUUAGUUAUAUGAACAUUGAUAUGAUUGUACACUUAUUGAGUUGUUAUAAAACCGACCAUGCAUUAGCAUGUUCUUAAUA